AACAAAAUAUUGCGGCAAAAUGGAGUACACAGGCAGCAGUUAUGAUGGAGAUUACAAAAAUGGGAGAAUGGAAGGAAAGGGAAAGUAUGAAUUUCCAACAGAAACAAAAUAUGAAGGUGAUAUGAAGGAUGGCAUGUUCCAUGGAAAAGGAACAUUAUUUUUCCCAAACGGUAGUAAAUAUGAUGCAACAUGGGAGAAUGGUAUUGCCAUAGAGGGUAAAUACACAUUUGCUGAUGGAUUACGGUAUGAGGAAGAGAAUUGGGAAUAUUGUGAUGGGUAUGAUAGAAGAUUUUAUACAGAAAUUUGUAAUGGUUUAAAACCUGCAGGUCGAUCACAGUUAACAAAUAGAGUGCCCCCCAGAGACAUACCAGAAGGAUGUUAUGAUUGUGGAGAUGGAUUCUAUAAUCCAGAUACGAGAGUUGUUGUCGAUUAUAAUCAUAAAUUUUUACGAAAUGCAGAUGAUGAUGAGGAUGAAUGGAUUCGACGAACCUGCAGAAAAGGUUGGGAUGAGAUUGUUGGGAUUAAAGGGAGAAUACCUCAGUCUGCAGCAUGAUACUGUUGAUACCUGUAUGAAUGUGUUAGAUGUAUGAGAGUGAAUGACAUUAUGGAACACUGUGAGAGUUAGUUACGUGCCGAGAGUUAGAUUUAUGUGCUGAGUCUGUUUAUAUCCUGUUUUUGAUGUCUUAUAUUUAACUGAAAUACUUAUUGUUUAUUAAGAUUUAUAGAGAUGACGAUAAAUAAGGUGUUCUGUGAUACUAUGUUUUAAUAUCUCAUUUUAUAUAUGAUCUCUUACUAGUUCGCCAUUUAAAAAAAACAACUGAAAAGAGAAAAUGUAUGUGCAAGCAUAAAAAAUCUUAACCAACUCAGCUGGUUUAUGUCCAUGAUAUCAAGUGAUGAGGUUAUUGUUGUUUACAUUUUGAUAACACCUAAAAAGUACUCAUAAAAAUUGUAAGUUUAUUGAAACAAAUAGGCCAACUGCAGAACCAAUGCUUUAAUUUUAACAUAUCAGGUAAUAGCAAUAGAUGUGCAACUAACAAAUAGUUGCUGAUGCUAUUUGUACUGUUUCAUCCAAAUUCUGACAAUUCUUGAUAUCAUUCUUAUUUUUUAAUUAAGCCAAUCUAUUUUAUGUGAUGUUUUGUUCUGUAAUUUUACCACAGUAAAAAUUGACUUUUGUUUUGUUUUAAAGAAUCAUGUAAAUUAUGUACUGUAUUGUAUUUGUUCUUCCUUAAAAUGUGAUAAACAUAAUUGUUAUGCAUGAAGGUAUAUAAGAAACUGAAGAAAAUUGACCUAAAGUCAUUUUGUAAUGUGAACACUAUCAUGAUUUUUAUGGAUAUGAAACAUAAUUAAAAAUAUUACAACUUUAA